CCGCUGACCUGCGCACCGGCCGGCCGCCGCCAUGGCUCCGUUCCCGGCCGUGGUCGACCUGAAUAUCGGCGGCGUGUGCUACACCACUGCGCUGAGCACACUCACCUCCUGCCCGGGAUCGCUGCUAGCACAGCUGUUCACCGACGGCAGUGACCCGCCGCCGCAGGACUGCCGAGGGAGGUACUUCAUCGACCGCGACGGCGUCCUCUUCCGCUACGUGCUCGACUUUCUGCGCACGCGGAAGGCGGUGCUGCCGGAGAGCUUCCAGGAGGGCAACCGGCUGCUGGCCGAGGCAGAGUUCUUCCAGCUGCCGGAGUUUGCCGAGGCGCUUCGCUCGACCCGCUCGGGUCCUCGGUCGGGGUUGUCCCCCGACCGCUCCCCCGGGUCAAUCACCGUCUCCUACCGCGGUACGUUCGCGUUCGGCCGCGACGGCCUGGCCGACGUCAAGUUCCGUAAGUUAGCCCGUAUCCUGGUCUGCGGUCGCGUCACGCUCUGCCGCGAGGCGUUCGGCGAGACGCUCAACGAGUCGCGCGACCCGGACAGGGGCCACGUGGACCGCUACACAGGCCGCUUCUUCCUGAAGCACUCGUUCCUGGAGCAGGCGUUCGACAUGCUGUGCGAGGCCGGCUUCCGCAUGGUGGGCAGCUGCGGCUCCAGCACGGCCGGCAUCCCGGGCAUCAACGACAAACCCGGCUCCGACUCGGAGGAGAACCGGUGGAACCACUACAACGAGUUCGUCUUUGUCCGCGACUGAGGACGGCGUGGAUGACCGCCGAAGCUGCACAGGGUAUAUCCACUCGAGGCUGGCGACCGAAGAGGCGACUGCCUCCUCGACUGACAGUCGAGCGGAAAGUGGUCCAGCCAUCAGGCGAAUCGCAGCUGAAUACACGAGAAGAGAAGUAUAAGGCAGCGAUUGAGAGUUGCUUUGCUGUCAGUCAGCUCUCUCACACCAACUUGGAGUUCGGAACAAUUGUCUGGAGUGAGGACGCGACCGAUAAGGUCCAUGACCACAAGUGUGACAAUCUGAGGGACGAGCUGAGUGCCAGAGGGCGGGAGUUUAUGAACGAAAGAGAUAAUGACUGAAUGUGGAACUCCGGCGGUAUAUAGAUAAAGGUACGGUGUAGAUAUGAGGAUGAGGAUGACGAAUACCGCUGGUAGAGCUGUUACAGAUCGCCAGCAGACGAACCAAUCCACUUGAACGGCCGCUAUGCAGGCGCGCUAUGACCUCGUUCACAGUUUAUGGUCGCUAGUCCCGUUACUCCGUUACUUCACGUUACUUCAGUGAUGUAGGUAGUUGUUCGUGACGCCUGCGUAUUUCGGCGUAUGGUGACAAUCACUUUACGAUAGACAGAUUUAUGACUUUAUAGGUGUUCAGCUGGGAAUGUUGGAACUUGUUAUCAGGUGGGUGAGCUUUGGAGUUACCGGCCUUUGAAUAAUUGUUUGUGACUUUGUAAGGUUGAGCUAAGGCUGGGCGCAGAUAAAGUAAGUUUUCAAUCACUUCUUUCUAACAGUUUUCAUCAAAAAAACCGCUAACAGAUAUAGACCACGUUUCCAUGGGCUCACUGAUCCGGAUCAGUAAAAAUGGAUUAGCUAAAUCCAGUAUAGUUAGUCAAUAUAUGAAAAUGAAAAUAAGGGAUUAACUGAUAAUAUAAGCCUAAUCCAUAUCGAAUGAUAUCAUGUAGCGAAGAGUUCGAGAAACAUAAUACGAUUUAAAUUUGCUGAUCCGGAUCAGUGAUGUCCAUGGAAACGGGGUCAUUGAGAAGUUUUGUUUAUGUAAUGGUUAUGUGUUACUUGUUUCAGUCAUGAUAACUUAAUAGCAAUAUUUAUUGGUAAAUAAACAUAAGAAUGUAUGUAUUUUGCAAAGAUGCGUAAAGGUCAAAUGAAUGUUUGAUCGGCACGUACCGGAGAUGAUGAUUCUAUAUAUGCAAGUUUGCCUGUUCAUUUGUUAUCAGUUUGGCAUUUGUAUCUUGUGAUCAUCACGAUAAAAGAAUAUUAUAGGAUUGCUCUUAAGCCCUACAGGAUAUUAUACGUCAAUGUAAUUCACAACGUAAUUCACAGUGCGGCAGCUUCUGGCCUCAUGCGUCUCACAGCAUUGUUCGGCGGACGGGCGGGCGGGCGGGCGGUGUCAAGAUAACAUAAGCCGUUUCGCUUCACCAGCCACCGCCCUUACUUGGACGCGUGUAGUUAAGAUAUCCCCGGGCCGUGACAAAGCCCAUCGUCUCCGUCGGAACAAAAAUAUGAUUCCGGGCUAUGGCGAUAAAACUUCAGGAGCUCGAUCGACGGGCGUUAGUGUCUAUUGACGAAAACGGUCUGACAUAGUCGCCGUCGGCUUUAGAAUGAAGACAAAUAUGAAUAAUGCAGUGUUUUCGUUCUGAAUCAGAUAAAUAAAAUUGACGCUUGGA